AUGUCGUCUAAUAACAAUAAUACCUUCUUUUUCGUCGUCCUCCUCGUGCUGCUAAUUCUCACGAGCACCAUGGCGGUGGGCGCCGCGGCCAGGCCGGCUCCGGCCAAUAAGUCGAUGACCUACGCGGCGUUCAAGCCGCCCGUCGGGCAGCGAGCAGCCGGGGUGUUCGACGGCUGCUUGCCUAAAGGGUUCCAUCGGAAUUCGGGGCCCAGCCGCUACAUCAACUACGAGCCUGCCGGCGGAACAACAACAAGUACAAUAAUAAUGUGCGACACGGAGAAGCACUGA